UCUGGCUUUGGCACCUGCUGCGCUGGCUGUCUCUGCCUGGGAGCCGGACGAGCGGGAGCCAUGGAGCUGGUGGCGCUGGGGAUGGCCGCCUUGCUGGGUCUGUCAUCUGCUGUGUUGGAAGUGGAAGUCGGCCGCAGCUCAGUGACUGUGAUCCAAGGACAGCGGGCCAUUCUGCCGGUCUCGUAUACAACACACAGCAGCAGUGAGCCCUAUGUUACGUGGCACCUGGAAAGGCCAGGGAAUCCUCAUCCCUUUCAGAUCUUGGUGUAUAUGUCUGGAACAACCAAAGUGGAAGACAUGGAUCUCAAGCGACGGCUGAACUUUUUGUACCCCAUGCCUUUUCACAAUGUCUCGCUUGCCAUCAAUGAUACCAAAGAAACAGACUCUGGCCAGUACAUGUGCACAGUGAAUGUUGCGGGAGAUACUACCAAGAUGGGGAAAAACACAGGACUUGUGAACCUCACCGUUCUAGUCCCACCAUCAUCACCUAAGUGUCAGAUUCAUGGCAGCCCUCACACUGGAGGGAAUAUCACCAUGACCUGCCGCUCCAUUGUGGGCAAACCAGCCCCCUCUUACCGUUGGCAGCGCACUGGCCCCAACUCACAGGUCUUCUAUGCACCUGUACAAGAUCACGUGAAAGGGGUCUUGACACUCAAAAAUCUCACCACCGAUAUGUCAGGAACCUAUGUUUGCAAUGCCUCCAGCAUAUCCGGCUAUUCGAACUGCACCAUCAUCCUGGAGGUGAAUCCACCGUUCAAUGCAGCGGUGGUGGCUGGUGCAGUGGUGGGAACUCUCAUUGGACUUGGCCUGAUCAUCUUGUUUCUGCUUCAGAUGAUGGCUUAUCGAAAGAGGAAAAAAGAGGCCCAAGAGGAAAUGGCUAAUGAAAUCCGGGAAGAUGCUGUUGCCCCAAAGACACUUUCCUGGGCAAAAGGCCCUGGUUCUGACGUGGUUUCCAAAAAUGGCACUUUGUCAUCUCUGAGUACCACCCGGGAUCACAAACUCUAUGCCUCCAAGCCUGCCUCAGACACGGCGUCCAUCACCACUGCCACGGGCAGCACAGUGGGCUUCAAGCCGCCUUUCAGCAACCCCAGGAGUGGAACACUCACACCAACACCCAGCCUCUCCAGCCAAUCGUUGCCCCUCUACUUUCCGCCCAUGGUCAAUGGGGUCCAUUGCCACCAUGUCAAUGUGCCAACCCACCGGAGCACUCUCCACAGGACAAAUGGGGCGCAACCGCAAGCCCCCCGACAUCAGGAGGCUGCUGCCCCUCAGGGGCUCAGCACGUCCACCCUGGGCCGAAUGGGGGCGGUGCCCGUCAUGGUGCCUGCACAGAGCCAAGCAGGAUCCUUGGUGUGAAUGUUCAGAGACUUUUGCAGUACGCUGUGCAGCAAGCCGCUCUACCACUCCCACACGAAGCAGAAAGACUGGAAACGCUUGCUCCGUGCUGCCUGCCUUUCCGUCUGCCUUCAGAGUGCCAGUGUGUGAGCGUUUGUGGGUGUGUCCUCCAAAAGAACCAUUUUCAUAGCUUCUCCAUCCAAUGGGACAUCUUUGGAGAUGGGCUUUUUGUAACCAAUCAUCUUCUGUUACCUUUCAGAAUUUGCUUUCCCUCUUAAUGCACCAAUCCCAUCCAUGCCCCUAUCCCCUCCAGGAGCCGACGUGACAGCAGAGACUGUGUUUUCAUAAAGAAAUACAAAUGAUUUCUUUCUUUCCCCUUUGCAUUGCAUUUAUAUCUUGUUAUUGGGGGGAAAAGGGCUGGGAUUAGUUGCCUUGGCUUGGAAGAAAGGGCUGGGGAAUAUUUACUUUGCUUAUAUACCGCUGUUCUCAGCCCGAAGGCGACUCACGGCGGUUCACAACAGAAUAGACCUGUUAACUCUUUUAUCUUCAAUCCCAAAUCUGGAUUUCACACACAGAGAUCAAGGUUGAGUAAAACUGGAUGGUGGAAAUGGUAUGUUACCAUGGAAAUCUAUCCCCACAAGACUAAAAUAGUUCUUUGUGUCAGAAUUUCACCUAAGCUUGUAUUGGAAAAUUUCUCACUCCAUCUCUUGGCACAAUCAUGUGGAAAAUCUCCAUGCCGAUGUUUAUCCUUUCCAUCAUUUGGGUUACAUGUCAUGCUUACCAUGUUAUGUAUAGCUCUAUAUUUUGAAGUUCAUAUUACUAUUAAAUUGGUUAUAAGUUGUGAUAUGGUCCAGAGUCAUAAGGUCAUAGAAUUGUGGAGUUGGAAGAUGCCUCAUGUGCCAUCUAGUCCCAAACCUUGCUGUAGGAUCUCCAGCUAAAACAUUCCCAGAUGUCCCUUGUUGUCCAACCUCUUUUUGAAGACAUCCAGAGAAAAGGGCUCACCAGCUCGCUGAGCAAUUACCUAAUGUAUUGUUGAAGGCUUUCAUGGCCGGAAUCAAUGGGUUGUUGUAGGUUUUUUCGGGCUAUAUGGCCAUGUUCUAGAGCUGUGGUUCUCAACCUUCCUAAUGCCGUGACCCUCAUGUUGUGGUGACCCCCAACCAUAACAUUAUUUUCGUUGCUACUUCAUAACAGUCAUUUUACAACUGUUAUAAAUCAUAAUGUAAACAUCUGAUAUGCAGGGUGUAUUUUCAUUCACUGGGCCAAACUGGGCACAAAUACCCAAUACACCCAAAUGUGAAUGCUAGUGGGGUUGGGGGAGGAUUGAUUUUGUAAUUUGGGAGUUGUAGUUGCUGGGAUUUAUAGUUCACUUAUAAUCAAAGAGCAGUCUGAACUCUACCAGCAAUGGAUUUCAACCAAACUUGGCUCCCAUGACCAAUGGAAAACACUGGAAGGGUUUGAUGGGCAUUGACCUUGAGUUUGGGAGUUGUAGUUCACCUAUAUCCAGAGAGCACUGUGGACUCACGCAACGGUGGAUCUGGACCAAACCUGGAAUGAAUACUCAAUAUGCCCAAAUGUGAACACUGGUGGAAUCUGGGGAAAAUAGAUCUUGACAUUUGGGAGUUGUAGUUGCUGGGAUUUAUAGUUCAUUACAAUCAAAGAACAUUCUGAACUCCACCAACGAUAGAAUUGGCUCAAACUUCCCACAUGGAAUCCCCAUGACUAUCACAAAAUGCUGUGUUUUCUUAUGGUCUUUGGUGACCCCUCUGACACUCCCUCGCGACCCCUCAGGGGUCCCGACCCCCAGGUUGAGAAACACUGUUCUAGAGGCAUUCUCAUCCAACAGAAAAGAGGAAACCAUGAAAAUGAACAAUAUCUGGCUACCAGUAUUUAAAACUCUAAAAUUACAACAAAAAAACAACAGAGAGGAAACAAACAAGGACAUCUAAUCACCUCUCAACAAAAGAUUGCCCCAGGCACUGCCAGGCCAUCAAAUGCUAAUCAAGGUGGUCAGUUGAAACAUUCACACCUAGCUCCAACAGACAAGAGUUCUUUGUCCUACCCUGGUCAUUCCACAGAUAUAUAAACCCACUUUUCUAGUUCCAACAGACCUCACUACCUCUGAGGACGCUUGCCAUAGAUGCAGGCGAAAUAUCAGGAGAGAAUGCCUCUAGAACAUUGCCAUAUAGCCUGAAAAACCUACAACAACCCAAUUACCUAAUGGCUUUAUUCUGUUGACUUUGGUUCCCUUUCAAGCAGUGGGCACAACCAAGUGGUGGUUCCAAACUAGUCAGGGAUUCUUGAAAUCUAGUCUGAAGUAAGCUUUGAAAAUGUCUCCAAGAACCCUUGUGUGUUCCAGAACCUAGGCUAGCCCACAGAUUCAGCAUAAUAGCCUGGGUUACUCCAAGGAUCAAUCAAGCUCAAGUAAAGUGAUAGUCACCUUUAGACUGAGACAUAGGCUCCUUCCACACAGCUGAAUAAUAUCCCACAUUUUCUGCUAUGAACUGGAAUAUAUGGCAGUGUGGACUCAAAUAACCCAGUUCAAAGCAGGUAAUGUGGAAUUUUCUGCCUUGAUAUUCUGGGUUAUAGGGCUCGGCUGACGAGCCUUGUCUCUUUUGGCAACUGUUGGAUCUAUUCGCAUUUAGAGAAAAUGCAUCUCUCUGGUGAUUUCCCAGAUAGAGUCUCAGGCUAGGAUUUUGGUGGCAGGAAUUGGCAGAAUGUCUGUAUAUGAUAUAUGUAUUUUGAGUGUUCCCUUGAAGUCUUGGAUUUGGGGUUGAUCCUUACAACAACUGUGUAGGAUAUCUAUAAUUUAUCCAAAGGCAUCAAUGCGCAUCAUCACCAAGAAUGAGUUUAGAUGUGAUUGUUUCAUUUCUAAGCCAAACCAAGUCAUCCCCAUACCAUAGAUUUUUCCUGGUCUCUUAGGCCCCUUCUACACUGACAUAUAAUCCAGAUUAUCAAAGUAGAUUAUCCAUAUUAUCUGCUUUGAACUGGAUUACCUGAGUCUACAGUGCCAUAUAAUACAGUUCAAAGAAGAUAAUCUGGAUUUUAUAUGGAAGUAUAGAAGGGGCCUUAGGAGCUCCCGGGUUAAACCACUGAGCUACUAAACUUGUUGACCGAAAGGUCGCAAGUUCAAAUCCGGAGAGCAGCAUGAGCUUCCACUGUCAGCCCCAGCUUCUGCCAACCUAGCAGUUCUCAAACAUGCAAAUGUGAGUAGAUCAAUAGGUCCCACUCUGGCAGGAAGGUAACUGCACUCCAUGCAGUCGUGCUGGCCACAUGACCUUGGAGGUGUCUACGGACAAUGCUGGCUCUUCGGUUUAGAAAUGGAGAUGAGCACCAACUAACCCCCAGAGUUGGACAUGACUGGACUUAAUGUCAGGGGAAAACCUUUACCUUUACCUAUAGAAGGGGCCUUAGACUUUCCAGAGGAAGCCACCAGUUCUUACCAUUUAAAACAAAUUAAAGCUGUAAGUCUCACAAAAAGGUUUUUAUAGUCCGUUUUGCAAUGCAUUGUGCUUCAAAGAGAUGUCAGAGAAAUAUAUCUGCGAACAUACUUUGGUCCUGUGCGGCAACCUUUUUGGGUCUUGUAUGGGCAACCUUUGAAGUAUGGUUUCGGAGGUACAUUUGCUGAUGUUUUUAUUUUGACCAAACACACAUUUCUCACAUCAGUAUAGGAAACAAAAUGCCAUUUUCUUUCAGUACUAAAAUACAUCUCCAAAUUUUGGGAUGCAGUUCUCCAAGUUUUUUAAAAUAGUACGUAAAGGCACAUAUAAUAUUGAGGGAAAUGUACCAAAACAAUAUGUGAAAGAAAAUGUUUGCCGAAGCAGUAGAGAAGGUUAUGUGCACAAAUGUGUAUAUUAGGAGAUAUAUGCUUGGAAAUGCAUGUGAAAUUUCAUGCAGACUUCUUAUUUUAAGUCAAAACCAUUGUAGAAGUUGGGUAGAAGAAAUCUGAAACUAGAAAGAUGAGAAGAUGAGAGGAAUGGAAACAAGUUUUUCCCAUCUUGCUCUGAAUCAGAGCUUGGGAAAGUUAGAGCCCAAAGCUCCAAAAGUUGAAACUAGAGAGUUUCUGGGAGCUGUAGUCCAGAAAGAGGCUAUGGUAUGUUGCAUUAUGGUGGUGACUGUAUAUUACUGACAUUAUACGCAACCAUGCUAGUGAAUUGUCCCCUUGCACAAAGAGGGCUCCUGCUGUUCAAUUGAAUAUGCUGUGCAUUGGGUCACAUUGCAAUUUGAGAUGGUUGUGGUACAUUGAGGCUGUUGUGCAUUGGGAUACAUUGCACAUCAUGGCACAUUAUGCAUCAGUACUCUUGUGCAAUGGCCAUACUACUGGCUCUACUUGCACACCUCUUUUGAGAAUAUGAAUGUUGUGCAACAAUGCAAUUCAGCUUUACAUAACUGUGUCAGUUACAAUAAUGCAACCGCCCUACACAAUGCCAGCGGAAUAUGCUAUCUCUUGUAGCACUUCAGCCUUUUGUAUCACCUAAAUGAUCUUAUCUUAUGAUAAACUUGGACCCCAUGUGCUAAAAUUUGAAAAUUUAUACCUGCUAUUUUUGAAUCAGUAAAUGGAUUACUUGGUAUGUUCUGCCUCCUUGUGAUCCACUUGGGAAAUGCAUCUAAUCCACUUUCCCAGUUUAGGGACAAUGCUCCCAUGGCGCAAAGGGUUAAACCCUUGUGCCGGCUGAACUGCUGACCCAAAGAUCUGAAGGUCGGCAAUUUGAAUCCACAAGACAGGGUGAGCUCCCGUUGGUCAGCUCCAGCUUCCCAUGUGGGGACAUGAGAGAAGCCUCCUACAGGAUGGUGAGACAUCCAGGUGUCCCCUGGGCAAUGUCCUUGCUGACGGCAAAUCCUCUCACACCUACAGCAACUCCAAUUUGCCUCUGACACAAUAAAAAGAGCUUGUACAACUGACCUGUAUAUAUGAAGUAACCUUGGUUCAGGCUAUCGUAAAAAGGAGGAAGGGCGCCUUCAACAUUUCCAUACAUAUUGUGCAAUUAUUACAUUUAAUCAGCAACUCUCUGUCUUUUUGUUCCUUUGAUAAAUAUACCUAUAGUACAUAAUUUAUACUUAUAGAUACUAACAGUCUGUGGAUUUGGACUAUUUUCCUCCUAACCAUUUUCAUGCUGCGUCUUUUCUUUUCAUUGGCUCUGAGACCCUUCUCUUGUGCAAGAAGGUAGGAAGACACUGAAUUAUUUUGUAUGUACAGUUUCGAAAUGUAUUAUUUUUCAUAAACAACCAUUAAAAGUAUUUGUUUUUCUAUGAAA